AUGAAUGGAGCUCGGAAGAGAGGACGCUUCACUGGCUUCUGUACCGACUGGAAGGAUCUCGUCAUCGAUCUCACCCCGGAGGGAGCUCGACUCACACCGAUGCACAAGGUUCCUUACUUCAAGCGACCCUGCGCGAACUUGAGCAAGUAUCUGAUCUCGCCGCAAGAAACGGAUUUCGCCCUCGAUGAUCUUUUCGAAGUUGAUGAUAAUUAUCAAAAAACGAUACAUGGGAGGAUCAUUAUUUCUAUUUCCCACACUGCCACCUCGAGCGCGAAUGAAACAGAGGAGGCUAUUAGUCAAGCGGUUGUAUCGACUAACUCAAUUUCACUAUCAGACGACGCUGUGAAUGCGGCAACAGAGACUACCAUUACUGCCUGGACACAUUUUCGAGCAUCGUCACAACGUCCCAACUCACUGACUUUGGUCCAGCCAGAUCAAAUCCGAAGUGAUAUGCCACCUAGUUGGCCACCCUCGCUGACAGGGUCGUCACAAGCUUCACUGUCACCACCCAGCGAAAGCUUAAGUCUUCGCCCCCCCAAUCCCAACACCACAAUCCUCCACGGCUUCCAAGUAUUAAUUGUGUAA